CACCUUCGUAACUCUUUAAAGGCUCCAGCUGCGUAAAGUUUCUAUUUAUUGUUCUAGCAAGCAUUUCAUUCAUUAAAAUCAUUAUAUAAAGCAAUGUGGAACUCCGCCUCAUCUCCCUUCUCCAGGAGUGGCCGACCAUUGAGAUCACACCCGUCUCUUGCCCUGGGGCUGAACAAGUUUAUCAUGAGAAUUUACGCGUGAUUAUAGUAGCGGAUGACUCUUUCCUGGAUUCUGGUAUUACCAAGCGUCUCGCGAAUUCCGGGUUGUUAAGGGAUCCAAUGGUUCUUGCAGUCAAUGAAUAAAGAAGGCAUCCGGGCGAGUGAAACGGUGAUGAGACUUGAGUGAGUGCACAUGAUGUUUAUCCCGUGAUCCAGGAGAGAGGCGGUUCAAGAUCCUUCUCGCUCUCACUGUGUCUCUUCCCAUGGCUUCUCCACGCUUGGAAACCUUCUGCUGUCCCAAUCGGGACCCGGCCACAGAUUUUGUCCUCGGGUUUCAGUCUGUCUUCUUCAACGGCAUCUGCAUUGCCAGCGCCAGUCUGAGUCUGACUGGUACACUCAUUCAGGUCCUGCCAAAACGGAGGCUCGGUUACCGCGGGUUCAGCCAGUACCCGCAGCAGAAGCCUUCAGCAUCCUCUCGAAUCCUCCUCAUCAUUAGUAUCUGUGACAUCUUAGGCUGUAUAGGUAUUAUAAUCAGGUCAUCAGUGUGGCUCAGCUUUCCAGAUUUUACAUCAAGAAUCUCUGUUAAUGGGACUGAAUCGUGGCCAACAGCAUUUUGUGUCGCCAGUGCUAUAUGGAUUCAGCUAUUCUAUAGUGCCACAUUCUGGUGGUUGUUCUGCUAUGCUGUGGAUGUUUACCUCAUUGUAAAACGAUCUUCAGGGCUAAGUAUUCUUGUGCUGUACCACAUGUUGACCUGGGGUCUGGCAAUCCUCCUGUGUGUCGAAGGUGUAGCCAUGCUCUACUAUCCCUCCAUUUCCAGCUGUGAAAAUGGACUGCAGCAUGCAGUUCCACAUUACAUCACCACCUAUGCCCCACUGUUGCUCGUUCUGUUUAUUAACCCCAUUCUGUUUGGAAAAACUGCAUCUGCAGUUGCUUCAUUGUUGAAGGGAAGACAAGGUAUCUACACAGAAAAUGAAAGGCGUUUGGCGACUGAGAUUAAAUUAAGAUUUUUCAAGAUUCUGCUUGUGUUUAUUAUUUGCUGGCUCCCAAAUCUCAUCAAUGAGAGUCUUUUAUUCUACCUUGAACUGCAGCCAAAUAUGAACAAAGAUCUGCUGAAGAAUGUCAAGAAUGCAGCUCUGAUCACUUGGUUUAUCAUGAGUAUCCUGAAUCCAAUGCAAGGCUUUCUCAACACCCUUGCAUUUUAUGGCUGGACUGGAUGUGACUUUGAUUUCAAGUUACAAAGGCAAGAAAUCCCUUGGGAAUCCUCGGUAGGCCCUACUGCAGCAGAAAAUUCCUACAGCAGUCCUGUGGCCACCUCUGUCAAUCACCACGGGUUUCUGCAACAACAUGACAAGAUGCAGACUGGAAAUGGUUAUGAAAAUAGUGAUGAGCUUUCUGUCCUCUCUGAAGGUUCUGAGACCAGUACAUUUGAAAUCAACAUGCCAAGAGAACAGCACGACUUCAAUAGCAAUGAUGCUGAUCGUGACUCACUGGAAAACACUGAAAGGGCAUAACGUUGGUGAGAUGAGUAAAUUCAAUACAAGCCUAUAAGCUGGGGGUUAAAAACAACAUAGCUGUUUAUUGCUGCAUUGAUUUGGGGCUAACUGAAUUUCACUACUUACCGGUUACUGCUAAACCAGCAUAUAGUCUGUUCAAAACAUUUGUUGGACUGAACAAGAAGAAGAAAUUAGGAGGGGUAAAUAUAACGUUCACAGCAACGUUGAGUUGGUUCAGGCUGUAUAAAGUUAUGUCACGUCCUCAAGGAAAAGGGUAUGUAUUUCACAUGCUCAUAAAUACAACUAUCCUUUUCAAAAAAACUUUUUAUGUUGUUCAAGUCUUUAAAUGAAUAAUUUCCCCUCCUGGAGUAAUAAUUUGUAGCAAAAACAGCCAGAAAUGUGAAAUAUAAAUGACUAUUUUAGUAGGAAGCGAUUACUUUUGAUAAAAUGAUGAAUUCUAUCCCCAAAUACAAUCUCAUUGGAAACAAAUACUAAUCUUUUUGAGUGGUUUGUAUUUUAAAUAUGAAACUAAAUGUGAAUGGUUCAUGAUUGUAAUCUGAAUGUAGAGACAUUUACGAGCAUUAGGUAACAUUUCAAAUUGAAUCGCUCUGAGAUGUGGUUCUGUACACCACUUGCUUGACCUGCAAGGUUUUCUGAUAUUGCUUGAUGAUGAAUCACAUGUACUUUUUUUUAAGGAUAAAAAGAUCUGAAGGUAAAUAAAUUUAUAUAAUAAGAUUUUAAUAAGUUAUGUUUAGCACAAAUAACAGAGCUACUCUGUUUCAUGUAGAAGGUGAGUGAAAAUGAUUAGUAGAAAAUCUCAAAGAGAAUUUUGGGUGACUCCCAAAGAUAAUUAAUUCCGCAAGAUGUAUAAAAAAAAUUAUUCAUUUUAAACCAUGUCUGACAAAAUUUGAAAAUAACUGCAACAUCAGUAAGUUAACAUAAAUGGUUCACAACAAACUUUCAGCAAACAUGGUACUUUGAUAACUGACUGUAUACAAUUCCUUUGAGAUGACACUAUUUCAGUAUAAUCCAUAACACAUUUACUUAAAAUUCACAUUAAGUUUAAUUUCUAGAUUUUACAACAGUGCCACUUAAUAUUGCAGAGGUGGGAAAUGGUACUGUUGAUGGCACAUUAACAAAUAAGUGCAACAUCUUGCAAGAAUAAUUUUACUAGUAAUCAGAUAUACAAAGAAGUAAUUAGGCAUUUAGCAACAGUUUAAUUUAUUUUAAUCCAAAUUUGGUAUUCUUUAUGCUAUUCUAUUUUGUAAUGUAUCUAAAUUUUUCAUUGUUGAAGUUAAUGCUGCAUUGUACAUAGUUUUCUUUCGACAUUGUUCCAGCAGUUUGACCUGCAACAUGUUUUGGGGACAGCACAUAAGGAUGAUCCCUUUAUUUCAAUCAGUUUGCACCUUAUACUUGAGUCAAGGCCUCAUGGUCAUCUUUGGAAUUUCUCUAUACCAUUAUCAAUUACAAACCACUGUUUUCAAGCCUGUGUCUUAUGGCAGUAGAAACUUUUUUUUGGAAGUCUACAAUAUAUAAGCGUUUGGAUCUGUGUUGUAGCUUUUCACAAUUGCACAGUCCACGCAAAUAAGUAAUUGAGUCCUGAUUUUCCAAUAUGUAACAAUACUGGUGGAGAACCACAUUUCACUGGCAACCAUAACCCUGAAAUUUUGGAUGUGCUGCCCAUGAUCUUUUGUUCCUAAAAAAUUAAUGGAUGGAAAAUCAGGGGUGGCCCAUCUAUAACUUCUUGAUAUAUGCUGCUCAUGGACAAAGAUUCUUGCUGGUAGCCUAUUUAUGCAAAAUAAUGAUGUUCAUAAGCAAAUAAAAGGAUCAAGUGAUGUUUAUGUAUAUGGUUCAAUAAAGAUGUACGGUGAAAGCCUAGUGAUUGAUUAAUGCUUGCAAACCUGAUAAGGGUAUCUUCGUACAAGUGACACACACAAUUGGUGGCACUAGCCAUGCUGCAUGUUUGGAAUUGAUGGAAGUGAAAACUGGGAAGAAUGUACAAUGAGCAAGCAUCUUUACAUGCCAACUGAAGUACAAGUUAUCCAAGAAUGAUGUGAGUGAAGACACAAUGAAUAAUCUAAGUCUCUAAAUGCAAUAAAUGGCACUUGUAAGUGCACUGAACAAUGAAUUUGCAUAUGAUAACAAAGUGUAGGUGCAAAGUGUGUAAUUAAUCUAUGUUUUCAAGUAUUAUAAAUGAUAAAAUUGUGC